AUGGCGCGAACCCUGCCAGCUUUCCAGUCGCAGGUUUGCGAAGGAAAGCAAACUCCCAGUCAGAUCGAGGCUGGCGCAGAAAUUCUCCAGGACGAUGCCGCAACCGCCGCAACCCGAUCAAGCCUUACUGCUGGUCAAGACGAGCCUGUUGCAAGCGGUCUGUGCUCUCAGACGUCUCACGAUAAAUGUUGCUUGUCGGGGAUGUCGACGCAGGCUUCACCUCAGGUUCAUGAUUCCGAACCCAAUUCGCACCGGGAAAUCGGCCACAACUCGGUCGAAAAUGCCAUAGGCCCUGGUGCCGACGUACGCUAUGCACGAUUUGGACGAGAAGGACAGGUGGAGAAGGAAGCGCAGUCUGAUACGAAUGAGAAGUCUAUGCAACAGGACGAGCUGGGGACGAUGGCAGCACUCGCUAGCAAGCCUCUGUGUCCUCCGUUGAGAGUACGCGGGCCACCAUCUUUCCCAUCUCCCUUCCGAGCCCUCUUUUUCAGAACAUCGGCCUUUGUUCUAAGUUCGACGUUUCUGGCGGUUGUUGUUGUGGCGGCCCUCAUAACGAGCAUUCCAACAUUGGCUAAGAAAGUCAUAUAUAUUCUGACAUUUCGGGAUAUCAACACGCUUCGACCCUUUUAUGAAGAGGAAUGCAGAAGAGCUGACACUCGACGAGAAAAGCAGAGAGCAUGGGAGCAUUAUGAAUCUGCUGAAAAUAUUGGCGGUGACCAAGAAGGUACCGCAGACGAUUAUCCUCCCACAGAAGGUGGCAAAGAUCGACUGCUCUGCGACGUCGGGUACUACGCGAAACGCGUGGGGCUUGAAGUUGACAUGUUUCAUGUUUGUACUGAGGAUGACUUCGUCAUAAGCCUCUGGCAUGUCUACGAUCCCAAAGAAUACCUGGUUCAGGAUGCGUCCGAAGCAGAUGCUGGCGUCAAUGGAGAGAAAGUCCCCCGCAAAGUCUUGAAGCCUCAGAUUCGGAAACCGAAAUUCCCAGUACUCCUACUACCUGGCCUCCUGCAAAGUUCUGGCGCGUAUUGCUGCAAUGACGAUGACUCUUUGGCUUUUUGGCUUUGCAAAUCUGGGUUCGAUGUUUGGCUGGGGAACAAUCGGUGCGGGCCUUUGCCUAACCACAAAACUUUUUCCUCUUCAGAUCCGCGAAUGUGGUCUUGGACAAUUCGGCAUAUGGCCACCUUUGACCUGCCCGCUUUAGUAUCUCGGGUCCUUGCUGAAACUGGGAUCGAUAAGCUUGGCUUGAUCUGCCAUUCACAGGGUUCAGCGGAGACAUUGAUAGCGUUGGCCAAGGAUCAACGACCUGAACUUGGAGAGAAGCUAUCGGUCUUUUGCGCGUUGGCACCAGCAGCGUAUGCAGGGCCGCUCGUCGACAGGAUGUGUCUCCGAUUCAUGCGACAAAUUCCAGCAUUCAUGUUCCAGAUGACUUUUGGCAUCCACGCCUUUAUACCACUGAUAUUGCAGAUGCAGUCCCUUUUGAAUCCUAGGAUAUACGCAUGGUUGGGGUACAGAGUAUUCUCGUUCCUUUUUAAAUGGUCCGAUUUGCGAUGGGACCGGGAAUUAAGAGAUAGGCUGUUCCAAUUCGCCCCCGUUUACGUGAGUGCGGAAGCCAUGCAAUGGUGGCUGGGCCAAGAUGGGUUUGCAAGACACAGAUGCAUCCUCUUCGCCGGCGAAGUCGUUGAGUAUGAGGAACGAAGAGAUGACGUUGCAGUCAAGACGUCUGUGGAAACUUUCAUGGAGCCGGCCAUUGAAGCCAAAGCUGACAUGCCAUAUCUGAACAACAUGGGUAGGGAUAGUUCUCGGACGGGAGACAAUGUUGCUAGUACUUGGUGGUAUAACGAGCAAGUUCCACCAUUCGCCAUGUGGGUGUGCGGCAAAGACCGAUUGGUAGACGGGCAGCGGCUACUGAGGCGAUUCGAAAGUGGACGAGAGCCGCAUGUGCAGCUGGUGCAUAGCAAGGUGAUUGACGAAUACGAACAUUUGGAUAUCCUCUGGGCCAUUGAUGCCGCGGAGCAAGUCUUUUACGAGAUCCGGGAAGUGCUCUGGAAGACAUGCCACGUCCGAGAUAGAUGCAGGGUACCAGAAGGAUGCGAAGGUUUGAGGCGUAAGCACCAAAGCACAAUUGCGAUUCCCGAGGUCUCGAUGGGAGAACCAUAG